AUGGGGAGUAUCGAUGGUAUCGGGUUGGGUUCUCUGUGGUCAUUUCAACACCCGACACUAGGGGAACUCACUGGCGUUCGCAGGAAGGGCGACAUUGUGCAAUUCCGCGGCAUUCCCUUUGCAGAAAUUCCUGCCCGUUUCAGACAGUCGGUGAUGAGAACGACGUUGCCAAAGUUGCCUUAUGAUGCCACACAGCCUGGCUCUACCUGCCCGCACACACAAGCGCUGCCAUUUCCCGAGUUUUGGACUGGGCCGUUACCUCAGGACGGCAUUGUCCUUAAGCAACCUUUAGCAGACGAGUUCAACUGUCUCAACCUCAACAUUACCGCUCCACUGACAGCAGUUCAGGAUGGACACAAAGUUCCAGUGCUGGUCUUCAUCCAUGGGGGUGCAUUCAUGGUUGGAAGUUCGAGCUUGCAAGUUGCUGGUCGUGAGAUCUAUGACGGAGUCCGACUAGUCCAGAGCAGCGUUGGGCUUGGGCAGCCACUGGUUGUGGUGACUAUCAAUUACCGUGUGGGUCCUCUUGGUUUCCUGGCUUCAUCAGCACUUGAAGCCUAUAAUAAAUCAUUUGGAGAAGCGGUUGGCAAUUAUGGUCUUCAUGAUCAGCGACAGGCUCUCAAAUGGGUCUACAAAUUCAUUGAUGGAUUCGGAGGGGACCCGGAGAUGAUUACGAUUCAAGGUGGUAGCGCUGGAGGUGCUUCAUGCCACUUCCAAGCGCAAUUCAGGGAGGCCAAGGUGAAGAGAGCGAUAUUAUCGAGCGGUUCGACAUUGGCAAUAGGAGCGAUGCCGCUCAGCUAUCAUGAAAAGCAGUUUGAAGCCUUCGCUCUCAGGUACAGUUCGAAGGAAAGUGGGAGUAUUAUCGAAGACUUGCAAUUGAUUCCUGUUGCGGCGUUAGUGGAGGAAACCAUGGCAGGGUUUUACAAUCCUGUGAUUGACAAUGACUGGAUUCGGGGUAGGACCGUCACUGAUUUGGUAGAGAACCCAACGACAGUUGAGCUCAUGGUUGGUUCAUGUGCAUUCGAGCAAGACCUAACUCUUGCUAUGCUCGGCGCACUCGAUCCUAAUAACUUGAGUGACCAAGCUAUGCGAGAUACGAUGACGAGCAUGCUCAAGCCCAUUGGCCUUACUUCCGAGACCAAUGAUCUGUUCUCGGCAGAUGUGCUGAAAGCUUAUGGUAUUCAGAAUACCAUUGAGACACCUAGCAAAGACAGGGAAACGUGGGCAGAAUUCGUCGCCGAUAUGAUCUUCCGAAUCCCGCCAUAUCUAAUCGGCCUCAAAACCCAAGGCAAAACAUUCCUUUAUGAGUUUCAAUCGACAAAUCCUUACCCUGGGUGGAAGCUCGGAUAUGGCAAAGCGAAUCACGCAAUUAGUGACCUCUUUCUCUUCAAUCCAGCAGGAGAUCUGGUGGAGAAGAAACACCAAGGGGAAUAUUCAGGUGCAGUCCAGCAGCUUCAGCGAGACUGGAUCUCAUUCUGCUAUGGCCAACUGGAUUGGGAGCCGUUCAAAGCUGGUGAUGUCGACAAGCUGGGUCCGGUUUACACAUUUGCAAAUCAUGGUGCCGGCGGCAAGUUCGAUACUCUCGAGGCAGCUAUUGGAAAGGACAUUGUUGAUCGAUGGACAACCGUGCUUAAAGUCGCACAGACAUAA